AUGGAUCGAAGUGUAGAGUUCAGAAAGCAGAAGGUGCAGUGUCUGAGCAAAGCGGACCUCAGCAGGAAGGGCUGCGUGGCCGAGGGUGUAGUAGACGUUAUGCAGGUCCUGAACACGUGGGAACAGUUUUUCACCACCAGUUCCUGCGUGGGCCGCAAGCUCCUCAUAGACGGGAAAGCCAGUGGCAAUGAAGUUUUGAAAUUUGAGCCACUUGUCCUUCACAUGCAGUGCCGGCAACUGCAGGAUGCACAGCUUCUGCAUUCAGUAGCAGUUGAUUCUGAUUUCAGGAACUCUGGCAUCACAGUGGGAAAGAAAGGAAUGACUAUGUUGGCUGUCUGGAGUACACUUGGCUUAGAAGUUCCAUUAAGCAAUCAGGGAAAAUUGAUGGUGACAGAGGAGUAUAUUGACUUCCUGUUAAAUACAGCACAUCAAAAAAUGGAGGAAAACAAGAAAAGAACUGAAAGUUUCUGGUUUUACAACUGCCUGCCACGUGCUUUGGAAAGAGAAACAAUCACUAACUCACACCCCAAGAUCAAAGAGAAAAACAACCCAUCUUGUUCUCCUAAGAAAGAAAGAAACCCAGCAAAAGCACAUGGCAAACGCAUCCCUGAAGAAAAUGAUAAAGAAAUGGAAAAUGAUGUCGAUGAUGACUGA